AUGGAGAAGGAAGUUGUGCAGUUCUUAGAUACCAAACAUCGAGAACACUAUCAAGUCUACAAUCUAUGCAGUGAAAGAGCUUAUAAUCCUAAGUACUUCCAUGACCAGGUCCAGCAAAUCAAUAUUGAUAAUCACAAUGUCCCCAUACUAAGUGAGAUGGUGGCAUUCGCCAAGGAAGUGGAUGAGUGAAUGUCUCAAGAUGAUGAAAACAUCGUAGUGAUUCACUGUAAGGGAGGUAAAGGAAGAACUGGAACAAUGAUUUGUGCCUACCUUAUUGCCAGUGGAAUGUUUACAACUGCAGAGGAGAGCCUUUAUUAUUUUGGAGAACGGCGAACAGAUAAAAGCACCAGUACUAAAUUUCAGAAAGUUGAAACCCCUUCUCUGAAUAGAUACGUUGGAUAUUUUGCAGAUGUGAAAAAUAUCUACAACAUGACUCUCCCUCUAAGAAAAACACUCAGGAUUAAAAAAAUUGUUAUUCAUUCAAUUCAUGGCAAUGGGAGUGAUCUAGAAAUACAAAUAACUAUGCAGAGCCAGAUCAUCUUUUCCUGUUCUGCUUCCAAAAACUGUCGGAUCCUUCAUGAUGCUGAAACAGACAGCGUGGCAAUCCAUCUGUCCAACUGCCCACCUCUGUAUGACGACGUGAAAGUGCAGUUUUUCUCUUCUUCCGAUCUUCCCAAAUAUUACGACAACUGCCCAUUUUUCUUUUGGUUCCAUACAUCUUUUUUACAAAAUAACAGGUAUGGCUCUGAUAUAAUCCAGUAGAAAUGGCUUAAUCUCCAAGAUCUGUGUAAGGCAGAAGGGCACUCUUACCCUCAAUUUAUAGAAACCAAGAAAUCCUCAAGUCCCCUGUUCUUCAUUAUGUAAAAUAUAGGGCUAUUCUUGAGAACCACUGUGGCAAUAUCCUCAAAGUCCAUGCCAUAGGACUGUGUCAUAGGAGCUGAGAUGUAUUCUAAUCAGAUCUAGGGUGUGAUGAUAAAUCCCUCC